AUGUCAUCAGGAGUCCUACACUACUUCGGCUUCGGCAGCAACGCCCCCAAGCCAGAAGCCAAACAACAGCCCAUCCGUGCCCUGCCAGCAUCAUGGUACACAUCGCCCGAGAUGUACGAGCUGGAGCGCCGCGCCAUCUUCUCCAAACGCUGGCUGUUCAUGACCCAUAGCUCACGGGUCAAAGAAGCAGGCGACUGGCUGCGCUACGAACUUGCCGGCUUUGACAUCAUCAUCAUCCGAGACCGCACCGGCAACAUCAACGCAUUCCACAACAUCUGCCGCCACCGCGCCUAUCCCGUCGUCGAGAAGGAGGGCUGCGGAAACGCAAAGAUCCUCGCCUGCCGCUACCACGGCUGGUCAUAUGGCCUAAACGGCAAGCUUGCCAAAGCAACAGGCUACCAGGGGCUGGACUUCGACAAAGAGAGCAACGGUCUCCUGCCGAUCCAUGUCAAGGUCGACGUCAACGGGUUCAUCUGGGUGAAUCUCGACGCAAAGGAGGUCCCCGAGGUGCCGUGGGAAGAGCACUUCAAGGACGUGGACACACAAGAGCGAUACCAGAAGCUCGGCUUUAAGUUUGAGGACUACGACCUUGACCACACGUAUGAGCUGGACGGGCAGUAUAACUGGAAGAUCCUGGCCGAUAACUUCAACGAGUGCUACCACUGUCCGACGACGCAUUCUGAUAUCCCCAACUUCCUCAACCUGGACUCCUUCGACAGCGACACGAAAGACGGACAUAUCCAGCACCACUGCGAUCCGAACGAAGAACAGAUUCAAAAGGGUCUGUAUACUGCUAGCACGUAUUACUUCCCCAUGUCGGCCAUGGUUAUCUCCCCCCACUUCAUAAUGGUCCAGAAGUUCCUCCCCCGCGGACCAGACAGCAGCAAAAUGGCCUACGAGGUCUACCGAAACCGACACUCCGCCGAGUCCGACUUCAGACUGAUCAGCGACAUGUACGCGCGCGUAAUGGGCGAAGACAAAGUCCUCUGCGUCAACACGCAGCGGAACCUCGAGCGCGGCGUCUUCACAUCAGGCCAGCUGCAUCCAAAGUUCGAGAAGGCGCCGCUGUUCUUCCAGAGUACGGUGCGCGAGGUGAUUACGGAGCACUUUGAGAGGGAGAAGGAGGCGGGCAAGGAGAUUUGGCCUGCGAAGCAUAGGCUUACCACGGCGGACGUGGAGAAGAGUGAUAAGGAUGAGGAGAUUUGUGCGGCGUUGGCGUGUGGGGGGAGGAGUGAGGGGUUGGUUUGGUGA